CGGCGUCAACUCUUAUAUUAUGUCUAUGGUUCUUUGCCCCGAACUGCAGCUGUCCGAGGUUAUGGUCAUCAAACAACAUUUCCCAUGAGCCUGUUGGUUGAUGACUUCACAAAACAGGAAGUAAACAUGAAGGAAAAUGUCAUCAAGUGGCUUCCCUGAGCCGUGACAGAUCGCACAGGUUGCAAACCUUUUCUCUUCUUUAAACAGUGAAGUGUAGCAGCAGGAAGCUGUCACAUCCCUUCUGGUGGUGCAGCUGAAGCGUUAGCAUGAUGCUAUGCAGCCUUAGCUGUUCUGCUGGUGUGCCGUUUCCCUGGCCUGCAUGAUCCCUGCUUCUCUCUGAACGUGCUCAGGGCCAUGGCUGAGGGGAUGGGACAGAGGAGCCUUAUGGGCUUCGGUGUGCUGCUGGCUUGGCUCUUGCUUUUCCACCUGUUGGUCAAUAUUUGGCUCCUAUGUGUGUUCACCAGCUUGCUGCUGGUGCUCGGAGGCUGGUUUGGCUCCCAGGCUAUCCUAGAGUCCAACAGCUUGGUUCACCUGGAGAGGUUCAUCAGUCUGGAACAGGUUCAGUCAUCUGCAGAGGAUGAAGAACAUUUGGACCAGGAGAUCCAUAACACAGUGAGAAAAAUAAUCAGAGACUUUGUCAUUUCAUGGUACUCGACUGUGUCCACAGAAAGUGGUUUUGAAUUAGAAGUUCAGGAAGCCAUGAUCUCUAUGGCCAUGAAGCUGAAACAGCGUGCCAAACACAUUGACAGAAAGGAGCUGAUGCAGAAGGUCCUGAACCUGGUGGGCAGCCACCUGCAGGACUACCUCACGGCCAAGGAGCUGGCCAAAGAGAAACAGCACAGUGAGGGCGAACAGUUAUGGAAAGGGUAUUCCUCUAUUGCCACUCCUCACAUUGCUACGAGUGACGAUUCAGCAGAAAUCAACUACGUCCGAGCCGUUGUGGCUCUUCUGCUGCAUGUUUUGGUGCCAUCACCUCAUUUAGAAACCAACACAGGACGAUUUGUUGUCGGAGAGCUUAUCACCUCUAAUGUCUUUCUCCCUCUAGUGGCUAAAUUGUCAGACCCUGACUGGUUAAACCUCCUGAUCAUAGAAAUCCUCUGUAAGUCCAGCACACAGCUGGACUCUGUCUCAUCCAAACUAGAGACUUGCAGCUUGCCAUUACCUGCUGCUGAAUCUGAGGCUCCAACUCUACAGUGUGUAACUCAGGUGAAUAGUGAGUCACUUCAACAAGGAGCAGAGACGGAGCUGACUGAUGACAUGGAAGCUGCUCUGCCUGAUCUCCAUGCCUACGAUGCAACUGACACAGAGGAGGUGAAGUUCCCCCAGACAUUCUCUGGAGAAGAGGAAGCUUCUCAACCCUUUUUAAGAUGCUACCUGAGAGGAAGAAAGUCCAACCCAUUUUACCAAGAAACUGACUCUGAACCUGACUCUCCUUUGGCGGACUACAAACCCACCUCCACUGAUUCUUUGCUCAUGAUAGGUCAAGUAGACACACUGUAUGACAGAUCCCAAAAUUACAUCUCAACUGCUGAGGACAACAAUAGUAUAGACUUGGAGGAGGUUUCCCCAAGUCCAGUGAACGGCUCCUAUCCUAAGGUCUUGUUGAAUUCAGUACUUGUGGACAGUCCUAACGACGGGUGCCUGUCAUCACUCAGGGACAUAGAGGUAACUUGCAGUACCAACAGCCUUCAGGAUCUGAAAAGAGAAAACAGUUCCCCUGCAGCAAGUCAAAGCAGAGAGCUUGUCUUGGGUGUAGAGCCGACUGGAUUGGGGAAUCCUAGCGAGCUGAUCAUGGCUAGUCCACUGCAGGGCUGUUCUCCCGUGUCGACGUUCAGUUUUGAGCCCCUUGGCAGUCCAGAAGGACCGGUCAUCAUCCAAAACCUCCGCAUCACUGGUACCAUCACAGCCAAAGAACAUCGCGGCACUGGCUCACACCCAUACACACUUUAUACCAUCAAAUAUGAGACGUCGGUGGGUUGUGAGAACCUGGAAAGCAUCCAAGCAGGCGCUGAGCUUAUAGAGUCGAUACACAUAGGCUCAGAGAAUCCAACCCCUAUCCAGCCUGUGGCAUAUCACAUGGUCAACAGAAGAUACAGUGAGUUCCUUAACCUGCAGACUCGACUUGAAGAAAAAUCAGAACUGCGGAAACUCAUCAAAGGUGUGAAAGGUCCAAAGAAAGUUUUUCCUGACAUGCCAUUUGGAAACAUGGACAGUGACAAGAUUGAGGCAAGGAAAGGACUUCUUGAAACCUUCUUAAAGCAACUGUGUUCCAUCUUCGAAAUAGCCAACAGUGAAGAGAUGCAGGAGUUCCUUGCUCUCAACACAGAUGCUAGGAUUGCCUUUGUGAAGAAACCGUUCAUUGUGUCUCGCAUAGACAAGAUUGUGGUGAAUGCUAUUGUAGGCACCCUGAAGACGGCAUUCCCUCACUCUGAACCUCAGAGCCCCACAGAGGACACCGAGUCCGAGGUGGAUGGAGGGAAGAUGGGUACAGACAAGAAGAACCGCUCACGUCUCAAACUCUCCAGCAAAGGCGUCCCCUUCAUGAAUGGCUCAGAAAUUAGGCCUCCUGUGUCGUUUGUUUGGGACCAAACCAGCACAGUGUUUAAUGGCAUGACUCUGGUGGAUUUACAAGCCUUCAUUACUGAGGAGGAAAAGUUAUCGCUGAAGGAGGCAGAGAUGGAAGGAGGUCCAGUGUUGGGGCAGUGGGCAGGCUGCCGGGGUCAUGGUGUGAGAGCAAAGCAGUGUAAGGAACACGCGUUUUGUACCUGUGGCACAUCUAAAAACUGCAGGACAGCGGCCCUGGAGGACUGGAGCUCGACACCCCAGGCUCAAGACUCAGCAGGUGAAAUGUCCCAGGCCAAGGUGGCUCUGAACAUCCUGUGUCUUCUGAUGAAGGAGCAGUGGAGCUGGCUAUGUUCAAAAAACAUCCAGAGGACURUCAGGCUGCUGUUUGGAACCCUCAUUAACAGAUGGCUUGACGUGAGUGUAGCCAACCUGACGUGCACCAAGUACUGGGUGGUGUACCUGCAGGUAAUCCAGGAGGCAGUGUGGCCGGGAGGUGCGCUGCCAGCCGCCCCACCACCUCAUCGCACCCAGCAGCAGAAAGACAGCAGCAAGCAGCAAGCCUUAGAUGGUCUGAUGAAACUUCUGCCAGAUCUGAUCUCAGAUAUGCUGGGUUCUGAUAAGUACAGGCUGAGCUGGCGGACUGCUCUGGAUUCUUUUCAAGACCCCAACAUUAACAGACACCUGGUCUACUGUAUAUUUGAUCUUCUAUUGGACUUCCUGGUUCCUGAAUUACCAGAGGAAGAUUUCCAGAGAAGCCUCCUGCAGACUCUCGCUAAGAACCCAGAAAAGAUGCUGGCAUGAGAAGAGAACUCAAAUGCAGCUCGAUUAUUUUUCUUUCCUUCAGCCUAAUUGGUCUGGUGGUGAAAAGCGAGGGGAAUGUUCCUGUUCCAUUGAUGUCGGGUCAUGAGUGGGACAGUUGUUGUUUCUGAUUAUGUUUACCUUCUUCUGUGCACAUUUUAAACUCCUUGGAUCACUUUGGUGACAUUCUAAGGUAACAUAGAUACAUUAGUUACUGAAGUUAUUUAACAGUGAUACAUGCACACUGAAUUUCAAUCUGCUGUUGAUUGUGAACCACAACCGGUUUGUGUUUGAUCCCAGAGACCGGCGUAUCUUUUGUUCUGAUCCGAACAUGUGGUAAAACCUCACCCCAUCUCCAAAUCUGGCUUCUUCCUUCCUGCGUAAUUUGCCACCCUUAGCAUGGUGGAAGGCUAACAUCUAGACGACAGGACUCUGGGUUCCUUAUUUAACACAAUUGGAUAUGAACUGAAACACAACGCUGUAGUAGUAGAUUCACAGUUCUACAAUUGCCCAUUGAUGAGUUUGUCAUUGUUUUGUCAGGUGAAAAGAUACCUGUGAAACUGCACAGCAUUUCCAUCUGUUGAGUCAUGCUGGCUGUAUUGGUCCACAUCAACAGCCUUUGCAACAUGUUUCACUGCCAUCUUUUCUUCUUUUUUUUAAAGAAAGCUGAAUGGUCUGUUAGAGUCCGAUAAGAAAAGCUGUGAAACCUUUGGUUUACCAGCAUGUGGUGUUAAUGUCUACAGUAUAUACAGAAAAAAGAACAGAAAAAAGGAAAAAGAUUCCUACCCUAGAAUUGCUAAAGCAGUACUUAAUUAGGCUCUGUGUUCCUAAAUAUUUGGGUUACUGUGGACAGGGCCCACAGUAAGAUUGACAGCAGUCAAUGUUGCAGACUGCUGUAACAUUGUUCAACUGGAAAACUGAAUGGCCCCUUGUUAAAGAAAUGCUCAUAUCUGCUACUUUAUAGUUGCAUGAACAGAAACAUUUUCAAUUUUUCAGUAAUUUAAAAUGGUUGCAAUCAGCAGUUAGGUCCUUCUCUCUCUUUUUUUAUAAAAUGACUACGAUAUGUCGUUUUUCUACUACAGGUGAUGGAAGAUGUUUCAGAAAAAAACUUAAUGGAACCUAAUGGCAGAAGAUCCAAUCUAUUCCUUUAAGGGUCAUGAUGCAACCUUAUUAAUACAGUUGAAGGUUUUGCACUUUGAAAUGAUUGCCUUAGCAGUUGAUGGCAUUUAUUAGUGACAAAGUACAGAAACUUUUUUCUCCAAAUAAUAUAAUUAUGUUUGUUACAACACACAUUAUUACUAUUAUUAUGUGUGACAGGUGGAACUUCAAUGAGUCAGCAGCUCGUUUUCUUCCCUCAAAACGUCAUGAGCUAGUGAUAGAUGUUACAGAUCUAAUAUCAUUCUGGUGUUCUGCACUCAUUCAGUUGUCUUCAUUUUGCCUUUAAUUAAUUUUUUUCUUUGUAAUUAUUAUUUGGUGUAUUCAUGUACCUGUUUAUUUGAUGCAGUAUAUUAAUUAAGCUAGUCUUGACUUCCGUCCAUAAGAUGUGACAAUGCUAACAUAUAAACUCUUUCUGACAAUUUAGUUUAGAUUUAUCUUCUCUGUUAGCUUGACAAUAAAUAAAUACAUAAAAAAAUUCACUAACUUGUUUUUAGGUAAAAAGCCAAAAAAAAAAAAAAAAGGUUCUAAGCAACCAGUGCCUGACAGUUGUGGAUUUCUCUUUUGGUAUCUUUAUUUUAUAUACCGUAUUUUCCUCACUAUAAGGUGCAUCUUCAUUAAAUGGCCUAUUUUAAAACUUUUUUCAUAUAUAAGGUGCAUAGAAUAGACGCUACAGUUUCCACCCGUCCCGUAUUGAACCUGAACGGGACGUGAUUUGUUCCGUACUCUACAAAUGUGGAUGUAUAAUAUUAAAGAAAUGGGCCCCCAGUACUUUAUGUAGUAGUCUGCCCCAGUCAUUGUUUCACUCAUGGUGUUGGUGUUGCCAUAUUGUGCCCAACUGCUUUCUGGGUAACACAGACCAACCGACACGCUGCCACCGCAGUCUCCGUGUCCCCCGCCCCGAAUAUUGGUCCAUAUAUAAGGCACACUGCAUUAUAAGGCGCACUGGUUUUUAGGUGCGUCUUAUAGUGCAGAAAAUACGGUAAAUAGAUUCCUUUUAACUAAUAAGCUAACAGCAGAGUAGGACCAAGAAGAAAGCCAUUUUCUACUGUCCUAAACCAAUUCUAGUGCAAGACAUUUUCACUACAUUGUUGUAGCAUCCAUUUCACGGUCCAUGUUUUGCAUGGUAAAGUCAUUAUGGAUUGUGUUUUCUUUUUUGUACUAAACAAUAAACUCUUGAGGUUUUUAGUGGUCUAAUGCAAGUCUGGCAGUGGUUAAGAUGUUUUUAAACCGCAUUGCAUGAACUGCUACAAAAUUGUCACAGUUUUAGGAUCGUAGAAAUCUGCUUUGGUUUAGAGCAUGGUCUAGCUGUUAGACCUUAGAAGGGUUCUCUGCUUCAAGUGAGAUGUUGACUCCAUGUAACCUCUCAACAAAACCCCACUUUAUAAAAAUAUCUGGGCUGUGUUAGGCAGUUAGUUGUAUGUGAGGGAAGGGUCAGUUUUAUUCUGUUACCAGAUGAAAGCUUACAGGAUGCAUGUGAAUUUAUUUGGAAACCAUAUUUUAUGAAGAUUUGUUUAAAAUUAGAUACAAUUUUAAAUUAAAGAAAAUAAAAGAAUGUAUCUUCUAAUUCUGAUUUCCUAUAAUACAUUAAUAAACAAUGAAUUACCAAUAUAUGGCCAGUGAAAAUUGUAUUCGCUGUAAUGUACAUAUUGUAGACGGUCACUCAUUUGGUCAGGGCCGUGCGGACACCUUUGGAAGACCAAGGGCUCACAGUUAUAAAGGGCACAUUGAACAAGAUCUUAAGACAUCAUACAUCGUAACAACAACCCAUAUUAGUCUAAAAGCUUAGUCGAUUACUGUAACAGUGUCUUCAUAGGUCAGCCUAAAAAAUCUUAGAGGUCUACUGAAGAUCUAGGGCCCGAUAAGUAUAAGUAUUGUAACACAAACCAUUUAUUUAAAUUUUUACCGUUUGUUUAUUGAGUAUGACAAUGCUAUUCAAUUUUAUUUAAUGGUUACAGCAGAAAUAAAAAUAAAUAAAUUGCACAUUUCGGAUUUAAUUAACAAGCUUUGUAAAAGUGCAAAGAAUCUUCUUGAUAGUUUGAUUAUGUUACCAUGGCUACAAUCUGAUGCUAUCUGUAAGCUUAGUGUUUGAGCUGGGUUUGUUCAAAAAUACAUCACARUAAAUAAAAGCCAAUAAUCAGUGAUUGAUUUUAAGCUCAGCCAAUUACCCUGGCCCCCUUCUCUCAGACUUCACUAAAUCAAUAUUUAAACAGUGAUGUUGACUUUGUUAGUAGGAAGAACAGCGGCCAUUUUGUUUGUUCAGGCUUUAUGGGGUGAAUUUUAUGCAAAUUGUCAGCAGCAGUGUGAACCGCCUGGGUGUCGCGUUAUGUUAAGGUGCAGCAGAAAGCGAACAGUCAACAGGUGGUACUGGGGCUUUGAGGUGCGUCGUGGUACCGUUUCCUUACAUCAGGAUAUCUGGUUCUGAUCUAGAUAUUCUGGAUCAGAACCAGGAUAUCUCAGGCUGCAUCUAGUCCAGCAUGGGCCCCCUGGUAAAGUUAAAGUCAGACGUUUUCUCUGCAGCUGAAGAAUUUCUGUGUUUGAAGGCGAGAAGGGUUUUUCCCACUAUUUCCCUCCAGCAAUCCCCCCACCCCAUUCUGCACGUGCCUGCAUUUGGUGUAAGGCACUAGGUUUGUAGACAUUCAAUGAAUUUCUUAAUAUCUUUCUUAAAGACAAUAACGGGAGCAGUUGCUUGCCAAAUUAAAUUUAUGAUGUUCCACAUAAAAAUAGAGUUUUUUUUGAGGAAGGGUUCAGAUUCACAACAUCAUAAAUCUAGUUUUUGCUCUCAUCCUGGGAACAAUCACACACCUUAGUUAGACCUAUAAAGUUCAUUAUUUGUCACUGUACUUUACAAGAGAUCAGUAAAGUACAGUUUGCUUGUACAGUCCGGGGGGAUUCUGUAAUAUUAUAACUGAUUAGUUUCUCAUAAACAGCUAUAGAGAUGCUACAGGUCCGCUGUCCUGCUGACUCCUGACAUGUUGGCCACUUCUUUGGAUUCCAUAUCUUGUGUUUCUCUGCUCUACAAUUAGUGGAUGUGUAAACAUUUUCUGGUGUCUGCAUAAUAAAGUUACCAAAGCAUGAGGUUUUAAAUCUUGA